UAGAGAGCAAGCUGGCCUCAUACAAACUCCCGCCUUCGGCAAAAAGCGAGUUGAGCGCAGAGCCUGCCAGAAACUGAGUUGCCGAGACCCGGCAGUUCUCUUCCGUUGUCAAGGUGCGUUUUGUUGGCUGCAUGUGCUUCUUGUGUUGUUGCGACCAAUUUUUCAUUCGUUUUUUCAACGCUUGACGGUGUUUCUAUAUGGUUGCCAGAUUAGAAACGCGUCCGAGUUGAUCGCCAUGGCGGGGUGCGACCGCGAGCCGAGCCCAGACGCAGGCUCGAAACAGCACUACGACAAGUGCAGCCCCAAUUCAAGCUGUCAGUGCCAGCCCAGCGCCGCGGAGACGCGCGAAUUCCGCAAGCGAUGGCUGUUGCUGACGGACCGCGAGCGUGUUGCAGCGCUUCGAGGAGACGUGAACCAGUUCCUGCAGACAGCCACCGACUUGCUGCCGUGUCCGGGCUGUCGGAACAGUGCCGAGGCGCUGUACUACAAGCUGGUGGACGGCAUCGUCCGCGUCCCGCAGAUCGUCAGUCGGUCGGGCUUGUGCUUCGACAAGGACAACCACUUCCGACUGAAUGAAUCGUAUCUCAACAGCCCAGACACGUCGUUCUCUCUGUUUUACCACCAAGACCGAUGGGCCAGCUCCACGCUGGUUAAACCGACCAAGCCUAACAGCAAAGCAGGCACAUCGCGAGCAAGAUGUCAGCUGCACUCACAGCGCGUUCGAGGCCGUCCGCGUCCUGCUGCGUUCGAGGCGCUGUGGCAUAAGCUCCCAGAGGAUCACCAGCGACAUCUCUCGCAUAUUGAUUCGGAUCAGUUUUUGACCGAUCUGGAGAGCUACCUGCGUCGUCAUCGCUUUUGCUGCCGGUGCAAGGAGAAGGUGUUAGAAGCAUAUGAUCUGCUCAUCGGAUCGAGUUGUAGCGAGGACGACUGCGAGGAUUGCGGAGGCUUCGAGUGCUCGGAAAAGCAUCACGAGCACAGCGACUAUGGGGACGAUCUGCACUACACAUCGUAUUUGUUCGACGAGCUCGCGUUUUCUCGCGCUACCAACCAGAUCAUUGUGCCUUGUAAUAUUGAGUUUAUGUCGCAGCUGAUGUCUCGAGCAGACCAGGAGGUUGUCGGCGACUGGGGAGAUCGUCACGCACGUACAAUCGCCGAAGCACAGGACGAAGUUCUUAUAUGUUUGGGAAUGGUAAUUUGGGACAAGAUGCAGAACCUGUGGACGAAGUCUCGGUCAGAAAAGCGUGCGGAGGAGUUGUUGGUGCAUUGUGCCGUGUCUACAUUGCGCCGUAACUUCGACGAGGCAGUGGAGGCGCUGCAUGGCGAGGAGAUGAUGGAACAACUGCUGGCAGAGGAAGAUGACGAAUCUCGAAGACUAGCAAAGAAGAAAGAGAAACGAAAAGAGAAGAAGAAGAAGCGCAAAACAGCAUCGAAACAGAAGCAAGCGGAUCGGUCAGAAUCAGAGAAAAGUCAGCAAGCCGAGAAGCAAAAGCCAAAGCAGACGAAAUCGCGCAAGCACUCUGACAGCAGUAAAACCGUUGCAUCUCUAUCUUCGACCAACUCUAUCAGUAGCCAAGGCGAUGACGACGAUCUCAACAAUUCCAGUAGAUCUUUGGAUCCCAUGGGAUCGCAUCAGUGCGACUCGACAUGUGACGAACCGUGCCUGCGUGGGAAUUUGACGUAUGACGAGCGCAUGGAGUGGCAACUGCUGUCAUCGAUGGGCUGGGAUGCAUCUAACCAAUUUACGUCAUCGUUGCCGGAGCUCGAUGUGGACACAGACGACGAGAACCACGGCAUCCCUGAAGACGAAAUCCGCUUCUGGAAGCAGAAUCGCUCGAGUCUCGUGCGGCGGCGCAUGGCUCAGCGUCAGAAACUGCAGGAGCGCUUCGAUCAGUUUGUAUUGCGCACGACAUCGCUGGAUGCGUAGAGCGCGUUGAUAGCAGACUCGAGCGACCACAUCAGAUAUUGAAGGAGCAUUCUAGGCCGGCGGGUCGUAAGUCUUAGACAUGAAGAGAGGCAACAGCGAGUCUGCAUGAUAAAAUCAUUUUCUUCGUUACUCCUACAAUAUUUGCAUGCUUCCAGUAAGCUGUGGCUUGGAUGGCUAAAGUUACCAGAACGUGGACAUCGCGAGUUUACAGUAGUAUCACAUCAAAGCUCCACCUUGUUUACCUCUGUUUCCAGGGACAAAAUAGCUUGGUCAACCAUUUCCUUGUGGUUUGUGCAUGCCAUGAGAGCAUGCGUGACAGCUCUUUGGUUCUUAUCAAUUAAAGCCUGAUAGCCCUCCGUCAUUUCCACCGACCUGCAUUAUACACAACACCGUCAGAGUUCAAGAUCGAUCACAAGUCAAACGUUCAGCACUCACGUUUUCCUCACGUCCAGCAAAUGUUGGCGGCUCAUGGCCUCUUCUUCAGCAAGGUUGUCUCCAUUGGAGAUUUGUGUAAUCUUUUUCUCGACUUCUUCUGUUGCGGUCGUCUUCCGUCGAAAAACUUCAGCUCUCUUUUCACGCUCUUUGAGCAUCUGCUCGGCGUAUUUUUUCGCUUUUGAUUCCCAGAACUUCUCACUUUCAAUCUCGACGUUCAGCUGGUUUUCACAUUUCUGCAAUUCCUCAUCCAGCUCAAGCGCGGUGUCCAGACCUUUGUUGGCGCGCGCGAUUCGGUUUUGUUUAAGGUGCAUGGCUGCUUGGCGAAUUCCCGUCUUCAGAUGAUGCGUCAACUUUUGAACCGCCGUUAGUUCCUCUAGACUUGAAUCCAAUUCGAGAGCAAAAUCGAAGUUGAAAGAGUUCUUCGCGGUCAUCGGAAUCAUCUUCAGUUGCUUGCAAGUAACCAUAUACUUGUGAAUCUGGGCGUCAAGCUGACCAAAGAAUCGUAUAUACCAUGAAUAAGCGUUAGAGGACAUGGUUUUUUUUUUACCGCAUUCCCACACAGCAACCGUACAUCGUCUCGAAUCUCUGCAGCGCGAUUCUCGUCAUUUUUGAUUCGUUUCUGAAGUUCGUCUUGUUGAGCAAACGCUUGGUGGAGUUGCUCUGUCAGCCUCGCUCUCUCAAUGCCUAUUUGCUCGAUAUCGUGCGCAGACAACUCCUGGUUGUUUAUACGGGUUUGUAGUCUCUUGAUUUCUUCCUGGCGGGCAGCAAGCUCUUCAUCUGCAAAAUUCAACCACAACCAAUAUGGUUGUUCUUUGAAAAUACAAUAGGUGGUUUGAAUAUACACAACUUCUUACCGCAGGACUGCUGGACACUGACGAGGGAUUCGAGCUUCU